AUUAAGAGUCGUUUAAGAGGCGUCGUGGGCACGAGGUGAAGACUGAUUUCGCGCAGGAGACGGAGCGACAUGAAGAGCGGCGGCCGCCUGGAACCAUGUGGCCCGGGCUCCCGAGGACCGCGCGCCUGCUGAGACUGCUCGUGCUCUGCGUGCUGCUCUCGCACACGUCCGCCUACUUCGGGUUGACUGGAAGGGAGCCUCUUGUGUUUUUACCGGCUCCCAUGUCCAAUGAGCCUCCCUCAGGUAAAGCGCACCUGAAGCAAUGCGAGCAGCUCACUCUGACCCGCCGGCAGAAGCGUCUCUGCCGCAGGGAGCCGGGCUUGGCUGAGACCCUGAGGGAGUCUGUUCGUCUCAGCCUGCUGGAGUGCCGCUACCAGUUCCGCAAUGAGAGGUGGAACUGCAGCAUGGAUGGCCGAGGCAGCGUGUUAAAGAGAGGAUUCAAGGAGACUGCAUUCCUACUGGCGAUCUCUUCGGCUGCCCUGUCGCACGCGCUGGCCAAGGCCUGCAGCUCUGGCCGCAUGGAGCGCUGCACAUGUGAUGACUCGCCAGACCUGCAGCACCGCGAGGCUUGGCAGUGGGGGGUCUGUGGGGACAACCUUAAAUACAGCACCAAGUUCCUAAAGAACUUCCUGGGCCAGAAGCGGGCCAGCAAGGAUCUAAGAGCACAGAUUGACUCUCACAACAUCAACGUGGGCGUUCGUGCAGUUAAGAGUGGCUUGAAGACCACUUGUAAGUGCCAUGGGGUGUCUGGUUCCUGUGCUGUGCGGACCUGUUGGAAGCAGCUCUCACCCUUCCAUGACACAGGCCGGCUGCUGAAGUAUCGCUAUGACUCAGCUGUGCGUGUCCUGAGCGUCACCAAUGCUGCCACCGGCGAAGCAGAGCUAGCGGGCUCCCGUCGUCAUGGCCAAGGGCCUCGCCCCACUGACCUGGUGUACUUGGAGGACUCUCCCAGCUUCUGUCGGCCAUCACGCUACUCGCCGGGAACAGGCGGCCGCCCCUGCUCCAAGGACACCAGCUGCCAGAGCUUGUGCUGUGGACGGGGCUAUAACACAGCGCUGCGCCACACUGCCCUGUCAUGCCACUGUCAGGUGCGUUGGUGCUGCCAUGUGGAGUGCCAGACCUGCCUGAGAGAGGAGGAGGUGUACACCUGUAAGCAGCACUGAGUGGAGGAGGUGUAGACCUCUUAACAAAACUGAGACGAGGAGCUGUAUACCCGUAAACGACCCUGAGAGGAGGAGUUAUAAGCAAAACUGGAAAGUGAUUGUGUGCACCUGAGAGAAAAAAAUACACUGGACAAGGAAAAGAUGGAACAGCUGUGAGAAUCCUGAGAGAGGAGGUGUGAUGCUGCAAAGAAAACAAGGAGAUGAGAAAUGAAGUGGGGAAAAAUUACUGAAAGAGAUGGUGCAUGUAAACAAAACUUAGAUGAGGUGGUGUACACGUAUCAAAAUACAGAGGAAAGAUGAGGUUUAUACCGGUUGAAAAGUUUAACAGAACAAAUGAAAGAAAAACUGCUAGAAAACAAAGUGCAUAUAGGGUAAAGAAUGCUGCCGGGGACAGACAGUGAGGAGGAAGGGGGAAAUUGAGCAACCAGGGAAAAAAAGGAAUGGAAAAUAAAUACUGGGGUGAACAAUGCAAGAAAGGUAAAUGCCAGUCAGAUCUUUUAAGAUAAAGGUUUAGGUUUAAAGGCAUUUUCAUGGUUAUAGGGAAUGGUGUGGUGAAGUUACUAGAGAGAUUGUUUGAGAGGGAGACCUAAUGGAACAGUGAAAUGGUGAAUGUGACCAAUGAGGAACAAUGUAGGAGCUCUGUGGUUCCUCCAGUCACACUGAUUUGAAAGUGAAAUGGCUGUCUGUAGUUGAAUUAUCUGUUACCUGCAUGAUUGGUGCAACAGGUAAGCAGAAACAGGGAGGAAAAAAUACUAAUUUUCUGUACUUGAGGAUAUAACAUCCAUCCAAUAAUGACACAGUUGUACCUCCAAUCGUGCCUAAGAACAUUUUUUUAUAAGGUUGUUUGGCUGAAGUGGGCACACUGGUUACUUGCUUUGUUGUUGGUCACUUGAUUGCCGAAAGAGUCUUUCCGUCAUUGGUCUGUGGCUGUAGAACUUCCCAGGGACUGUCUGUGAAGUCAUGAACUCAAAUGAGCCUUUGAGUUCAGAUCCCAGAGACUUGACCCCCCAGUGCAACACUUACGAUCUACAAGCUGUGUUGGAAUGAACAGAGACUGAUGACCAUCCUUUCCCGGAUUAUGCUGAAGGCUGGCAGAGACUAGUUAUCCAUAUAUUUGCCAAAAGGCUGAGUAAUUGAAUUUUUCAGAUUACUGGCAAUGCUACCACUGCGCUCUCUUAUUGUGUCAGUGUCUGUUGCACUGCACUGUGCACAUGCACUCUUCUUCUGAUUCAUAUGCUGCUCUAAGGUUCAUGUUUUAUGUUGAGGGGAAAAUACCACUGGUCUAGGAAAGGCCAGUGGUUCUUUGUCUGUGUGCUUACUGCUGUAAGAAAAUGCAAGUGGAUCCUGUUGUAAAUACUGGAAUAUUAAUAAGCACUUACUGCCCAGUCCUAAAUUAGUUCUGUUUUCAUAUUAUAAAACCAUAUACCUUUGGGUAAAUGCAAUAUUUCUGAAACAUGUUGUUGAACACAAACAUCCAAAGCCUCACUAGAAAAUAACAUGCAACAUGUUCUACUUAUGCUGACUGUCUUGAAUUUUGUCUUAUGUUACACGAUGUGUUAAGUUUUAUUUGUAUUU